CGACUGUAUACUCCUUUGAUGCUACUCUCAGAUACUCUGCUCUCUAGUUCUCUCCUCUAACCCAUAACACACUCGUUGGGUCGGAACUAAGCAGGCGAAGACAUGGCCUCCUCCACCGUGAACGUGGUACGUUACACGGCUCUCUUGUCUGGUGUCUUCUACGGUAUCACCCACCGCCGCUCGCUUCAAAAAGCUCACGAUGAGGAGAAGAAGGAGCACGCCAUUCACGAGCGCGAGCAUUUGAUCGCACAGGCGAAGGAGGCGUGGAAGAAGAAACAGGAGGGUUCCAAGGACGGCGUCGUCACAAACCCGGAAGACCCACGAUUCGACCUGGAGAAGCUUAUUGCAAAGUGGGAGAGCGAGUCAAAAUAACCUUGACACAACCUAUCCGGGUGUUCUUCCCUCUUAGACUUAGCAUUCCCGCCUGGUACCUAUAGCUUUUGGCGCAUACCUAAUGGCAUUGUAUAUUCGCGACGAACUGCCCGCAUCUGUUAUUUUCCGCAAUUGCCAUUAUUAAUGCCCUAUGGGUGGUGCAUCAAUAGAGGACUACGUAGAGUAGGAUU